GGAUUUGUAUCGAUAAGCCCUCCCUCCUCUCUAAUAUAACUUCACUUUAUUAACUUGCUAGAUUGCUUUCUAGGCUCUCUCUAGAGUCUCUAGUCCUCAUCUCUGGAACAUUGCUGCUCCCUUUCUUGUGUGGUGUGCUGCUGUAAGUUGCUGUUUCCCUUUUGCUCAUCUCGGACAUGCAUGUGCAUGAGUGUAGAAGGGCCUUCAUCACUCCAUCUUCAAAACACCAAAGCCGAAGAACUAUUUUUAUAUACAUACAUACAUAAUUAUUUAAAUAAGUAAUAACUCGAAAUGAGUUUUGGAGACACUUCCGACGAAGUUUCCAGUGAACAAGAAGUAAACCUUCAAAAACUGUCCAAAUUUGAACCUAAAAACUCUGCAAAACAGCGCAAUGGUGCACAUAAAUGUAGCCAGUGUAAGGCAGUCUUCACCCGUCCUUACCGACUAAAAAACCACGUAGCAUCUCAACAUUUAAACUUGAAACCGUUCAAAUGCAACGAUUCCGGCUGCGACAAAACCUAUACGAAUAGUUCCCACUUGAAACGGCAUAAAAUUACAGCACACUCUCAGGAAAAUGAUAAUUCGAAAGAAGUCAUUUGUGGAGAAGAAGGUUGUGGCUCAAUUUUUAUCAAUAAAUACAAUCUACAAAAACAUAUUUUGAGAAUCCAUCAACAGCAAAAAUAUAAAUGCCUUUUGUGCGAUGAAGUAUUUCAGCGGAAAAGCCAAUUGAAUGCUCAUAAAGUUGAAAUACAUAAUGUUGAGGCUCCAUAUAAGUGUAGCGAGUGCGACAAGUCAUUUGUACAAUUACAUUUGUACCACAAACACAAAAAAGCUCACAAAACCUAUAAGUGCGACUGUGAGAAGUCAUUUCCAAGGUGGACCGAAUAUCUAAAACACAAAAAUUGUGAAUGCACUUUAAAACAAAGUGAACACGAAUGUUCUAUUUGUAAUAAAUUGUUUAUUUCAAGGGAAAACUUGACACAACAUGUCCUUAAAAUUCACGUACAAGAUAGUAAUGAUGAUAAUUAUAAAUGUGCUUAUCUUGACUGCAAUAGGUCUUAUAAAUAUAAAAAGAACUUGGAUUUUCAUAUGAAAACAGUUCACGAAAAAAUAUUUGAAUAUAUCAAAUGCACUUAUGAAAAUUGUGAAGCUGUGCUUAAAUCAAAGAGAAUUUUGAAAAAUCAUUUAAGAAUUAUGCAUAGUAAAAAACUUAGAGAGAAAAAACCCAGAAAGCCUAGAAAAGAUAAAGGACUUAAAAAGGGAUUUAGGAGUAUGGCAUCACAGUUAAGUGGAAUUAAAGUUAUUCAUAAUGACACUAUAAAAGGUUCAUCUGUGGUCUCAGAGAAAUUAGAUAAUAACAAAGCCAGGGAGGAUGUGGAUGAUUAUAAUAAAUCACAUAUGAGUAAAGUAUUGUCAAUAUUAAAUUCCCGAGUUGAGGCCUCUAAAUUUAACAAAAUAACUGAAAAGGUUAGCGUGGAGUCAACAAUACUGGAAGAUUCCUCUAUAAUUGUGAAUGGUAGUGAGAUUAGUAGUGAUGCCUCUAAACUUAACAAAUUAACUGAAAAUGGGAGCAAGGAGUCAACAAUACCGGAAGAUUCCCCCAUCAUUGUGAAUGGUAGCAUCGUGUUUGAUUUUCCUGAAUUUGAGAUGGGAAAGCAAUAUGUUGAAGUUAAUGAGCCUUCUGUGUCUGUCAAUGAUGUUAGUAUGGAAACACUUUAGUUGGCAUAUACACCCUAUUUAUUUUAUUAUUAUUAUUAUUAUUAUUAUUAUUAUCAAUGAAUUGUUAUUAUUAUUAUAAAUAAGAGCAAGCUGUAGAACCGAUGGAGCUGUUGAAUACGUUAAGUUCAAAAUAUUGCUUUUUUAAUGAGUUCACAAGAUGUUUGUUGAGUAGUUUACACAGAAUAAUGAAUAAAUGCCUUAGACAUCAAACUGAGAUCGCUAUCCAGUCUAUUUUUAAACGAGUUCGUACUGGGAGCUGUGAAGCUAUGACUGUUUCUUCACUUAGUGAAUUCCUCGUAUAAAUUGCAUAGGAAGUUUCUUCUGCUAAGUUCAGAACAUCUUUCUUCCUCUAAUUUUUUAGAAUCUCCUCGAAGGUUGUGGUUGUCCGGUUGUCCCUUAGAUUAUAUAAAUUCAAGUUGACAGAGUAGUACCUUAUUACUUGAGAUUUUAUAAGUUGUAAUUUGAUCUCCUCAUAGCCUCCUGUCAUGUAGGGUAGUUAGGUUGAAGUCCUUCGGACCUUCGACAGACGGUCUUCAUAUGUGAGUGAGGUCUUGGGUUUCUGGUGGAGUUUUAGUAAUUUUUCUUUGGACUGUUUCCAGUGCCUCAAUGUCUUAGGUAUAAUAAGGAUUCCAGACUGACUAGGCAAUUACGCUUACUCUAGUAUGGGUCUGAUGUAGAGCUUAUAUUUUUAGGAUUGUAGUAACUUGAGUGAUCUUUGAAUGCCUAUUGCGACAGGUAGGCCAGGUAAUUAGCCUUUAUAAUAAUACAUUGUGAUAUGUGUAUACUUCUGAUUGUUGGUUUCAAUGACGCCAAGAUCUCUAUGUUCAGUAGUAGAUACCAUUGUAAUGUUUGUAAUCAUAUAGGGGAUUGUUGGUGCCAAUGUGAAGUACAGUGCAUUUGUUUUCAUUAAGGUUCAUCAGCCAGUUAUCAUACCACUCAGAUACCUUCAGUAUGUCGGAUUUUAGGCCUUCACUGCUAGUGAUUGGAUUGCAAAAGAGUUC